AUGGCCAAACAGAUUUACGUCAAUCUACAGGAGAAUCAAAACUUAUCUCGCGGGGAUACACAUUGUUUUGAGGAACCAGACAUACUUUUCUACAUACCAAGAGUAGAGGAGACGCCUGCGAACAAGCAACAAUUACUAGAACAACUAUGUGAGAACGACAAGUAUUACACCAGAAAACAAGAACACGGAAAAUAUGGAGAUGCCAAAUCUACAGACAGAAUAUACCAGAUGGAUUCUACAAACCGUAUGCAGGACCAACUUCCUAUUCCAGACAGCCAAAACAACCGCAAUAAAUACCAUACCUACAAAGGAGUGCAGGGAGACAUUUACAUAAAGUACGACAACAGCAUCCGCGCUCACAACUGUGCGGCUGACAUAGAAAAAUCUAGAAUAGUUCCGAAAGAGGACCGAAAUAACAACAAAACGAUUAUGAAAGUGGUCAUAGAAAACAUCCGGGAAUUGCCAACUUCUGGCCAACUGGAAAUAAUACUGGACUUACCUCCUUGGUUUCAGGAAAAUAUGCAGAGAAAAUCGGUAUCAAACGGAACGGAAAAUGACGGUACAGAUCUGAAUAGUCAAAAUGACUCUCAUCCGGUUCAAAAGAUAAAACACUGUACAUGUCGGAACCUUGCAGGCACACUAUUUGACGUUAAAUUGACCGGAAAUAGUUCGCAUUGUUUGAAUAUACCGGAAAUGCGUUCACGAUCAAAUUCGGAUUCCAAGUUGCAGUUCCGACAACCGCAAAAACACAAUAUAAUGGCAGUGACACCAGAUCGAAUAUCAAAAUGGAAACAAAUACAGAACAGCAAUGCUUCACUUCCAGAAAUAAAAGUACAAGAUUUCUCUGAUAGAAGGAAUGAUUUACAAUCACGCUUGAAAGAUGAAUCUGAGGACUUGAAAAAGGAUUUGCUAGACAACGCUGAUUUCAUAUCACAGAUAAAUUAUUACAGGAAACAGUUACCUAUGAGGCUUAAAAGUCGACAGAACUAA